CACACGAUCGGGCAUUUCGGUUCGGCCGUAAUCUCUCUGCAUUUUCGCGACGUGCUGCGGGUGCCGCCCGUGAUCGUGAUGAUCGUGCGUGAGCGUUCAGUCGCCAAAGAUCGCCCACCGUACGCGGCACUACCCGGAGCACUGGGUGCAUUUUCCGUUCCGUGCAACAGAAAAAAGGCGAAAAACAGUUGCAAAAGAGCCAGUGUGUGCGUGUGAGAGAGCAGAAGCCACAACGACGCAAUACUUAGAGGACAUACUUCUAAGUAGACUGUAAGGGGUUAAUGAUCACACCGUGGCUGACGGUUGGAAAUUUUUCCAAUUCCAAGCCUUAACGCAAGGUUGCUCUGGUGCGACGUUAAGCAUGUGAACUUUGCUGCACACCGAUUCCAAAACGAUCGCCGCACAACUACAAGGUGCAGCAAAAGGCACGAACGAUCGUGUACAGAUGAGGCGCGUAUUGCAAAAAUCCCGUGUCGUAACACUGCCAAAUGACAAAAACGAGCGCAUCUCAGUCGAGCACGGGACGGGCAGGAAUUUCAAUUUCACCUGAUCUGGCACGCGCGCGUGUGUGUGUGUGAGUGUCGGUGUGUGUACGGGAUCCUUCGUGCGAGUGUGUUGGUGAAUGUGAGGAAAAUUGCACGCUUGCGAUCGCUUGAUGAGCCAAUAUAUCUGCAUCGAUACAAAAGGAAGACCAACGACCGUGCAACUGUGCCAAUGUGUGUGUGUGUGGGUGUGAGAGUGCGCGUAUGUGUGCAGGGAUGUGAGAAAUUGUUUUGCGAGCAAGGAAAAACGGAAGGGAAAAGUGUGACCGCAAACAGUGGUGCGCAACAAGUACAGUGAAGCGGGAAGCGCAACAGACGGCGAUGCGUAUCCGUCUUUGCGGGUGGAAUUCGACGUGUGCUGACCCACUUUGCAACGAGUGAAAUUUUCGACAUUUCUUUCAAAAGGGAGAUUCCUUUUUUUGCGCGACAUCACACGCACGCUCAUGAUUGCGCACCCACUGUUUGAGGAAGUCGCAGCUUUCAUUUCAUAGUUUGUAGCGUUACCACAGUCUACGGACAAUUUGUGAAAAUCUCCAAUAGACAUCAUGCCACAUACGCACACACACACACACACACACACACACUCACAGGAUUCAUUAGGUCAGAGCCAAAUCUACGAACACACCGCACACACACACACACACACACAGAAACAGGCUCCAAUACUAUGAUCGUCUGCCAUUCCAAGUGACGUCAUUCGGGAAAUUUAUUGCAAAACCAGUGCGGAGGCUACGCUCCUGUACGACUUGCGAUCUGAUUGGGGGUUUACUCUCCAACCUCCACGAUCGGAAGAAAGUCCGAUUCCUUGUUCUCCAUUAAAAUUAUUUAAUCCUUGGCUGUGUGUCUCUCUUAAAACGCCGUAGGGUCUCGGCUUUAUUACUAAGGCCGAACGGUGUUAUAGCUCGGCCUUCAACAGGCGAACGGACACGGACAACCCUCAAACGUGCCGUUCUAGCUCGGUUGGCUCAGUGGCCUCCAAUAAAACUGUCGUCUUGACCUUUUUGUUUAACAUCUUCAUCCAACAACGGUACCAGUUCGGGGCCGAUCGCUGGGUGGUUUUUGAGUUUACACUUCUAAAUUAAACUACGUACACACACACACGGCGUUUCGCUCGAUCCAGUCGAUCGUGUCACGCCGCACACACGCACACUUGUCCGCUGCCUUCGUCUUCCCACGGGUUCACGGAUUGUUGACAAAACCGGUGAAAGACCAUACGCCUCCAUCUGUAAAGCACGUGCAGGCAGGGGGCUGUGUGUGUGCGUGUGUAUGUGUGAAUGUAUCUGUUUCCUGGCAUAUAUUCUUCAACGAAUCACUGUUUGAAGAGAAGUUAUUCUUAGACAAACUUUAAAAAAUAAACCUCCACCUCAUGUUACGCAUUAUUACACGUCCACACCAACUCAAUUUACGCCACUUUGUCUAGCAAGAAGCAUACGACAACACCCAAAAACCGCGUAAAAAAUAGUUAAUCACUCGUAUACUAUAUUCAUCGCCCAAUUAAGAUACGCCAGAUACAUCUCCAAGGGUGCAGAUUCGCAUCAAUAAACAUCCAAUGUCAUGGACGGUGCGGAUUACGAUGCUUACCUGAUAACCUUAGCUGCGUUAAAAUGCGAAGUACUUGUUUUAUUUUGAAUAAUUGAUGCAACGCGAAAAGGAGUGGCUAUUGUCCGUAGUUGGCUAAUAAGAUCAUCCUACGCAAUAUCGUCGUUCCUUUGUUGAGAUGAUCACUGGCGUUAGGUUUGCUUUGGAAGGGUUCUAGCGGAGCAAAUCAGUUCAGUGGCAGCGUUUUAUACGAAUCACACGUUUCGAGUGGAUUAGAAUUUGGGCUACUGGUUUGUUCAAAUUAUUCAUUCGAUUCGAUUAUUCAAGAAUCAACAUAAAGCCUGUGUCCGGUGAAAAAUAGCACGCUACCUAAACAGUGACGCCUCAAACGAUCGGUCGUGAAUCAGAACGUUUAGUGAACAAUAGUUUCUGUACAGUGCAAAACAGACCUCGGCAAGCGUUGACUCAAUUUCACGUGACCAUCACCGACUCGGCGUUCCCGGUUCGGCGUUCCCUUAGCGCAUAAUGCCGGUCAACAGUCGUCCACCCUGGCUAAAGGAUCGUCUGGAGACGGUGAACAAAAGUGUGCCUCCGGCAUGGACUCGCAAGGCUAGUGUCACACCUGCCACAGACACAAAGGAAUCCUCACCGUCGAACAAAUCGAAUGCAAGCGAAGCUGCGCCAACUGCCAGCACCAAGCCAACAGCACCGGCGUCCACCACCGGUGUAAAGAAGACUGUCGUUAGCACUCCCGUCAAAGAAAAUGGUGAAACGGGUGCGAAAGCAACCACGACGGCCAAGCUACAGUCAAAGGAAAUUAAAGUUCCGGUUGUCGUUGCGCAGAAAAAGCCAGCCAAUCCGCUCCUGACCAAACCCGAACCGACGGUGGGACUUAAAAACACGACGCCCGUCAUGACGGUCCAUCGGGAGGUGGCUAAACCGAAGCCAAAACCCGCUGCCAAGCCACCAACCCCCGAACCGUCCGACGAUGAGGAGGAGGAAGAGGAAGAAGAAGAGGAAGAGGAGGAAGAGGAGGAGGAGGAGGAGGAGGGCAGCACCGAGUACGAAACGGAAACCGAAUCCGAGGAGGAGCCACCCGCGAAACCGGUGUUGAAAAAGCCCGAACCAGUAAAGCGGCAAGAGGCUGACACCUCAUCGAAGCUGCCCGCUGUGCAACUGCGCAAAGUUACGCCAACGAAAAGCCCCGAAAAGUCCGACACCGACAGCAAAUCGUCCUCGAAGUCGAUGUCGGAGAAGUCAUCUUCGCCGGAACCGAAACCAUUCAUUAGGCCACCGCUUAAGAAGGUGGUACGGCCGCCACAGGAUACGCCACCGAAGGAACGUUCCGUUUCGCCCGAACCGGCCAAGAACUUCCGCGUGCAGCUGCGAAAGGUACCGUCCAAUCUGAAAGCGCCCCGAGUGAAGGAAAAGCUGCCGGAGGUACAGCUGAAGAAGGUGGAGAAACCGUUGCUGGAGGACAUACCGAAGAAGGAGGAAGCCUACCCGCAUAAGCCUUCGAUGCUGAAAUCGGAAAGCAGUAAAAGAAUUCCUCCACCACCACCAAUGCCAAAGUCGAUUAUACCUCCACCGCCUCCGCCGCCGCCAAGCUUGAAGCCACCACCGGACUUCGAGAAGAAAGAAAUAUCCGACAAGCAGAAGGAAGUGCUCGAUAAGCUGAAACGUCGUCCACGUCGACGUCCGGACUGGUCGGACAUGAUGAAGGAGGUUGAGAAGGGCAGGAAACUGAAACACGUUGAGUGUAAUGACAGAUCGCAUCCGAUCAUAAACUCCAAAUCGAUCACUAAGGUAAAGGAUCAGUUCAUCUUUGAGACGGAGAAGGCUACGGCACACAAUCAGCUGCUGAAGCAAAUUCAGGGCGGUGUGCAGCUUAAGCCGACCAAAUGUAACGAUCGCAGCAAACCGAUCCUGGAAGGUUUGCGCAAGUUCCGGCGUCAGAUGACGCUCGAGGAGCAGUUGGCCAAGUCGGAAUCGCGCGCUAACUUGGAAGCACCGCCGGCCGAAGAGGAAGAGCUAGACGAGCUGGACGAUAUCGACAAGGUACGGGAUGAUCUGCAAAGCACCAAGCAGAUGCUUGCCCACGAGCUUCGUAACAACGAGGCACUGGAGCGGGAAAACAAGCGGCUACAGGCGCGGGUACAGAACCUCGAAGCUGAGCUUUCCCGCGAACGGUGGAAUCCGCUGAGUGGAGAGGAACGAACCACCGUCACUGGACCACAGUCCGAUCUAAUACAGUCCCUCAAGGAUGAAGCGCUGGAAGCGCAGAAACAAUCGAAACAGCUGGAAGAUAAAUACCAAACGGUGGCCAAGGAGCUCGAUACGGCAUACAAGCAGGUGGACGAGCAGAAGCGAAAGAUUGCCGAGCUUGAAAGGAAACUCCAGUGCUUAACGGACGAUGACUACUACUUGAACGAGCAUCAGGGCAUUACGGACGAUCGCAAAGCCACGGAGUCGGCCCAGAAAGAAAGCUCGCCCGAGCUGCAACCCGAGGAAGAGGAAGAGGAGGAGGAAGAGGAGGACGAGGAAAAGAAGGCCGAAAAGAUGGCCAAACGGUUGAACCGGGAGGUUAACAUGCUGCAGGCUCGGCUAACGAGACUGAAGGAAAAGCAGGAGGAGAAGCACGCCGAACGUCAGGCCCUGAAAUACGCCAUGAAAACCAACCAGUAUGCCCUCAAAGCUGAGAGGAAAAAGUAUAAAAAGCUCCAGAAGGAGGUGGAAAAGAUGGCCGCCAUGAUGAAGCUGGACGAUGAUGACGAUGACACCGCGGAGGCCAAGGAACCACCGCCAGAGGAACCGGAAGACGAGCAGGAGGAAGAAGAGGAGGAGGAGGAGAGUGAAUCGGAAGAAUCGGAAUCGGAAAGUGAAAAUGAGAGUGAAAAUGAGGCAGAAGAUGCUCCGGAUGACAAAAAGAAAGUCAAUCUGGAACCCAGAGUCAAACGGCACGAGGCACGCCUGGCCUCGCUAAAGAAGGGUAACUAUUUGCUGCAGGCCAACGUCGACCGUAUUAAGGACGAGAUCAGCAAGGUGCGUGAGGAGUGUUGUACACUGCAAACGGAUCUGGACAACGUCAUAGCGGACUUGGGCUGAUACUGCUCCGUAGCAGUAUCUGUAGAUUAUCUUUACCGACAUAGUAAAAUGGGAUGGACCGAGGAAGCUCCCAAGAGCUGCAGGCGCUGUAAGUUGUGUGUGUGUGUGUGCGAAUGUGGAAUUGUUCCCUAGGCGUACAAUGCAAGCAACUCGGGAGAAAACGGAACAAUGUAUAUUUGCAGGACGUUCUUUUCCACCGCCGUUCCAGCACCUUGUGGCAGUACUUUAUACUCAUAUGAACAAACAAACUAAAUGCAAAAAAGCUAUCGCUUCAGAAAACAUUGUCCGCAUCAAUGCAGCAAGCACGCAGCAGCAGACAGAGCAGCAACGGCAGAGUGGCACGUAAUUACAAGUAUUUUUGUACAUCGUUACUUUUGUAUACACGUAUAAUAAACUUACCUUUAUGUACGAGAGCUA